AUGUGGUUUUGGUUGUUCCUUGCGGCUGUCGCCGUGUAUUCCGUGGAGGGCGCGGGCCCGGGCGCCGCACGACUCGUUUGUUAUGUAGAAGGCGCACGCGCAUAUGAUGUAUCGGAGUGUACGCACCUCGUGUACGCCGGCGGCUCCAGGGGCGAGGAGUUGGAAGCUCUGAUGAAGGACUACAGGAAGAAUAACAAAAGGAUCAAGAUCAUCCUGCGAGUGAACGAAGGAGAUAAGGAUCUAAAUGAAUUCCUGAAAUCUAAGAACGUGCAAGGUUUGGAAAUAUACGAUGCCCACAAAAUCUUCAAUAAGACCAAAGUCCUGGAAAUGGUGGAAUCAGCCCGAGCUGCCCUUAACGCAGCGGGGGGUGGGCCAUUGUUCUUGGCGCUACCUUCACACCCAGAACUCCUUGCCAAAUAUUACGACCUCAGGGUCUUAAUGAAGAAGGUUGACCUCAUGACUGUGCAAACACAUGCUCUGGGUCUGGUGAAGAAGAUGACUUACCAUCCUAGUAGACUCAGCGGAUUAUGGGACAUGAUGAACACUGAUUCCGUAGUGGAUUUGGUCAUUGGAUUAGGAGUUCCCGCUUCGAAGAUUGUGAUCAGUUUACCAGCAACGGCUCGGAAGUUCCAACUCCUCAACGAGACUCUCAGUACGCCCGGUAGUCCAACUACCGAAGACGAACCAAAAGAAAUCGACCAAUUAGAACUCUGCAGACAAUUACGCAAAGGCAGAUGGACCCUAGAAAGAGACCAGGACCUAUCAGCGCCUUACGCCUUCAAGGAUAAGACGUGGAUAUCAUUCGAAGACGCAUCCUCAGUGGAUGUGAAGGGUAAGUAUGCGAGGGUGAGAGGUCUUGCAGGCCUGGCUUUAUACAAUACUGAGAAGGACCUGGAUUCGCCUUGUGCCCCAACUCUCAGGACAGCUUUGAAUAAAGUGUUGAACCAGCAAAGCAGAGCUCCGAGGGCCGCUGUUUUAAGGUCUUUGGAGAACGAGAUCCUUUCCGCUCCUCACAACGCGCGUGUUCUGGACGCGCUCCAAGUGUCGCCUUACAGGAUUACUCAGGUUGUUGACGCUGACGGUGUCAUACAUUCCAUCAGAGAGGAUACUAGGACUGAGUUCUCUUGUUCCCGCCAAGGUUACUUCGUACAUCCACGUUCGUGCGCUCGUUUCUAUCGCUGCGUUAAGUUCGAUCAACUAUCUCCCGAAUAUACAGUUUUCGAAUUCGACUGUCCCGCGGGCCUCGCGUUCGACGCUCGCUAUGAGGUGUGUGUAUGGCCCGGGUCUUUGCCCCACGCGGCCGCCUGCCCGGGCUCAUCAGAGAUCGCACCAGUUCCUACUACCCGGUUCAUAUGUCCGGACCAUGAGGGUUACUAUGCUGAUCCGGAGAAUUGUCGUUGGUUCUUCGCGUGUCUGGACCAUGGUAAGGCGCCGUUGACAGCGUACGAGUUCCGCUGCCCGUUCGGUCUUGGUUUCGACGCUGCUCGCCUCAAAUGUGACUGGCCGUGGUUGGUACCAGCUUGUGGGAAUAUUGCUCGAUACGAAGCAGAAGCAUUUGGAUACUCAGGCGCCGCUCUUAGUGGUGCUACUGGUUUUGAAGGAAAAACAGCAGAUUCAGUUAACAUAGCUGCACAUCAGAGUUUAGUUUCCGGAGCAUCUUUGAAUAAUCUAGUAGGAAUUCAAAAUGGACUGACUAAAAACGAUGUUCUAGACGCUAACUACAUAUCAUCCCAAGAAGCUGUUAAUGGAGGUUUAGCAGGAGCAGGAAGUUAUGAUAGCUUUUCGAACAUCGGACUCAGUUAUCAAGGCGAACCAAGCGGAGUCUUCUACAAUUAUGUGUCAGCGGAAGAUAUUAACAAAGGUCUUGUUAGGGGCGUUAAUGGUGAAGGAGAGGAGAAAUACACUAGCGGUUCCCUAAUUUUAGAUGAUUACAGACUACCGACUAACAAAGUAAACACUUACUCGGUAUAUAAUAAAGGUCAAAGUGGCAUAUCAGGGUCUGCGAGAGCGUCACUUCGUUACGACGAUGGUAAAUACCGCCCUGAUAAUUCUGGGAAGUACGUCCACAAUCCCGCCGGUGAUCGCGCUAAGCCCUAUGAGCAUAUUGGUGUUCCUCCCGUGCCUUAUGCGCACACAGAUUUCAAAUACACACAAUCAAACGAGUAUGACGGUAGCAAAUAUGCCGGCAGCGGGUCUGGAGGUUAUGACUAUCCAAAACCAAAAAUCGAAUUCCACGAAGGAUUUGGGGUCAGUGAUAACAUUCAUAGUGUUAGUGGAGGGGAAGGCAGUGUAACAAAUACAUACCAAGGCAGUUACGCUAACGUAGAUGUAGGAAACUACGUGACCGACUACAAAGUAUACACAGGCGCUUCACAUACUUUAACUGCUGGAGCAGUGAAUGUUGGAUUGGUUGGGAAGACAACACUACUAGAAGCUGAUUACGCGAACCAAGGAAACUAUGAGGGUCAUUCAUACAACAGUGGGGUGGUUCAUCAUGUUUCUCAACCUGCAGUCGCUAUAAGUCACGUGGGUACGGCCGGUCAAAACUUAGACGGCUACAGUUAUACAACUUCAACCUCAUCGGGAGUCCCUACAACAGUUAGCCCAUUGUCAUACACAACAUACAAAACUACAUACGUUCCAGAAGUGCCUAAAACUAGUAUUAAACAAGUUUUCGGUUUCACUCAACCAGCUGUAACUUACGUCCAACCUGCCAUAGUAGCUGUAAAACAAGUAACUCCACAAAUACAAGUCACUAAUUACAAUCAAGGUGUCAACUAUCAGUAUGAAAGUAAAGAUUAUUCGUCCUCCAAUGCCAAGUCGAAUGAAAACACAGAGUUUACAGGUUACGAAUACAAAAAACCUAGUAUUAAAUUUGAAAGCGUCCCCACUGCAACUCCAGCCGUGACUGUAGUGUCCCAAAAACCACAGGGUUAUGGACAAAAUCAACAAACCGUUCACACGAUUCAAUCAGUUGGUUUUGAAUAUUCCACACCAGUACCUGUAACUGAACCACCAUUUAGAAAAAUAGUGGCUUAUACAACUGGUCCACCAGUUAGCACUUACGUUCAACCAACACCAUCUGCUAUCAGUCAUCAAACAAUACAUAAAGUGGAAACAUCCAAAGUACACGUUCCAUAUGUCGAAGUCAGUGGCCAAGAUGCUAGCAUUGGUGUCAACUAUGAAGUGCCCCAGGGUGUGAUACAGUACACUACCCCACAACCGUCGAUUGCUGUUCAACAGGAAAUAUCAUAUCAACCACAAGCAUACAGUCAACAAACUGUACAUACAGUCGGUGCUAAAGUUAACUCUUUCAACCAAGGUCACUCGCAAGUAGCUUACGAGUACCAAGGACCGUCAACAAUCAGUUUUAAUACUGACAAUGAAAAUGGUUAUAACUAUAAACAACCUAACGUACGAUUAGAAGAAGCAGCAAGAGUUCAAUAUUCUACACCAGCACCGACAGUAUUGUAUACUCCUCAAAGUCACAGUUCUCAAAGCAUACAGAGAUCCAGAACGCAAUACGUUUCCUCAACCGCUCGCCCAUUCGUGUCCACAACGCCUGUAACUUUAUACGAGAAUCCCCUUCUACAAUACACAGCAAAAUCUACUGAAAUAACAUAUGAAGCUCCAAAAUACACUUCCCACUCAUACAGUCAACAAAACUAUAACAGAGGUUCUUCCAACUCAUUCGUAUCUAAUGGAUACUCAGCAGCAUUGGAUCAACAAAGUACAGUCUAUUCAACUCCUCAGCCGACACUUUCAGUUCAAUCAACAGUAACCACAUACCCUCAAUAUCAAAGUCAGCAGACUCUUCAUCAAGUCGAUACAAGUGAACUUAAUACAUACGAAGGCUCUUCCAUCAAUGUUGGAUACUCUCAACCGACAUUUAGUGUAGAACAAGCUAGAAUAGAAACCUCGACUCCUGCAUCGGUUGUUUCUUCAACGUACAGACCUCAAUCAUACAGCCAACAAACAAUUCGUAAAUAUGAGACACAAGUAACUCCUUCAACCACUCCAAUUUCUACCAUACAUUUAUCUUAUCAACAACCCGAGGUGUCUGUUUACGAAAACCCAAUAUUGAAAUACACUCAAAGGGUUACUCCUGUUACUUAUGUGAAGCCUACAGCAUCUAUAUUUACUCAAACAUAUAGGCCUGAAGUCAAGGUAACUCACGUUACAAGACCCGCACAAUACGAAACAUCAGAACAACAAUCUUAUAUAAAUCAAGAGGCAUAUACUUAUAAUCAGCCUGAAAUACAAAGAAAUAUUGAUUCAUCAAAAAGCCAAACUUAUUCUGACGCUAGUGUUGUGUCAAGCCAAUACUUCCAUCAAGGAAAAGGAAUAGCAGCAACAAAUGGAAAUGAACAGUAUGAAUCUGGAAAGAACGUUGUGUUUGUAUCAAGUACCCCUUCAACGCUCGUUUAUGAGGAUCACUAUACAGAAUAUGAAAAUCAAGGGAAAGUUAAUGCAUACAAAGCUCCUGAGUAUAUACCUCCGAAGGAAGAAAUAUCACAAACAUACACUGUAUCAACUGUCUCCCCGCCAACCGUGAAACAGCAGAGUUCGAUAGUUUAUUCUCAAGAUCAAUACGACUAUCAACCUGUGGACUACUCUCAACAAUAUCAAGGUCAAUAUUCAAAUAGUAAGGCCAGUACAACAAGUAAUAAUUAUGAAUAUACUCAAAAUAAUUACCAAUCUCCUGAAGUACAAGUGGAGUAUAAGGCUGAAGAAUAUUUGCCACCAGUACCGUCUACUGUAAGACCCGCUGUUUCAUCUACAUACCGGUCACGCACAUAUUCUACAACAACCAAUGCUCCAGAAUACCUGCCUCCUGCGACUGAACCCAAAUUCCGCGCCGAUGAAUAUUUACCACCAGUAGAAAAUAGCUACCAGUCAGUCGUUAAAUCUACCGAUAAUCUCGAAUACUCAUCACCUGUAGAAAGUACAGCAUCACGCGUGGCUACUUUCCAAAGAUUUGGUUACAACGAUGAGGAUGAAUCCUAUAAAGGAUAUAGCACGUAUCAAGAUUAUUCAGUCUCAACUGAAGCGCCCAUUAUAACAGGUGUGACAGGUAGAAAACAGAACAUUGUAGUUGAAACGGCGAAGUCAAAUUUACUUGGUUUUGGAACUGUUGGACCUGACGCUGGCUUGGUGUCGACUACGGCUCGGCCAUAUAUAUCUACUACUGAUAACUCUUACUUACCUCUAAAGACAGCAACGUUCACAUAUACAACUGAAACACCGGAAGUUACUACCACAAUAAGAAGGACAAAACCUAAAUAUUUUAGAGUGCCAUCUUCUUCUACUACACCGGUAUACGUAGAGUCAACAACAGCGUAUCAGGCGCCGGAAUACCUGCCACCAUCAGAAAAUAUCUGGCAAGGCUUAGUGGAGACCUCAGCAUACAGUAGCACAGCUGCUCCAAAGAUAAGACUAAAUCCUUAUCAAGAAAAAUCAUAUGAUAAUUCCCAAAUAAUUGUUUCCACAACGACAGCACCUAUAAGAAAACAAAAUGUUGUCGUAGAAAAUGCUAAAGCACAAUUAUUAGGAUUUGGUGCCGUUGGUACUGAUGCUGGUUUAAGUUCUCCAGCAUCGUAUAGUGAGGUUGAGCCUAUUGAAGUAUCUCAUGAUGGCACCUACUCGACUGUGCUUCCAGUUCAACAACAAGUGGAAGUCACAAGCGCAAGAGUACCAAUACGAAGAGUUAAGCCAAAGGUAGCGAUCGUCACCAAAAUAAAUGAUUUUAAUCCUCUUCUUGUGAAAAAAUUGGGCGCUGUUUGUAGUUGUCAAUCUCCUAUAUUGAUUCUUAAGGGCAAAAGACCGAAUAUUCAAGAAGAGGACGUUGAUUACGACAAUAGUUACGAAAGUAGACGAGGGGAUCUCGGCAAUUAUAAACUAAAACAGAAGUCAGCACGAGUAACUACGGUUCCAUUAUUGAAUACUGUGACGACAGCAUCGCCAGUAGUAUCGACUUUCAAUCCAAUUAUAGUCCCCGAUGAUUCAUACUAUCAAGACUACCAAGAGGCUAGUAACGAUAAUGUAGUGGUAAAUGCCGUUGGCAAAGAUAAUUCACAAAGUUACGUAUCAAGCGUACCCGUUGUUUCAACAACUGAACGAGUAGUAAGAAUAAGACCAAGAGUAAAAUUAGUCACUGAGGCGCCUACUUAUAAAACUGUUGUAUUAAAUAAACAAGUAGCCCCAAGCAUUCCCAAGGCAGCGGAAUCUAUCGAAUCUGCAGUUAAUUCUCCAUCGUUUGAUCGUUAUGGACCAGGCGGUUGGAGAGACAGGGAUGAAACUUUACAGGGAUCUAUAGAUUGUCAGCGAGCUGGGUUGUUCCGUCAUCCGAAACAAUGUAACAAAUUCUACGCCUGCAGAUGGGACUGUACUAAACAAAGAUUUACGCUUCACGUCUUCAACUGCCCCGUUCAACUGAGCUUCGACCCUAACAUAGGAGCUUGUAACUGGCCGAGUCAAGGACCCGCCUGUCAAGGAGACACCCUUCUCACAAACGCUCUUUGA